AAAAUCAAACUGCCCAAGAAAACAGCCAGACGAUACCCAGCGUAUGAGCUCUAUCUCUAUGGGGAAGGGAACUAUGCCGAAGAAAACAAAAAUCUUCUAUUGACAGGAAUUCCAGUUCUCUUUCUUCCUGGGAACGCUGGUAGUUACAAGCAAGUCCGCUCUCUUGGCUCCAUUGCACUUAGAAAAGCAGAAGAUGUCGACUUCAAGUAUCAUUUUAAUUUCUUCAGCGUCAACUUUAAUGAGGAGUUGGUUGCAUUGUAUGGUGGCAGUCUGCAACGACAGACCAAGUUUGUGCAUGAGUGCAUAAAAGUAAUCCUGAAGUUGUACAGGGAUGGAGAAUUUGCACCCACCAGUGUUGCGAUCGUGGCCCAUUCCAUGGGCGGGCUUGUUGCAAGGGCGUUGCUGACUCUGAAGAAUUUUAAGCCUGAACUUAUAAACCUCCUCAUUACACAAGCCACACCUCAUAACGCACCUGUAAUGCCUUUAGACAAAUACCUUACUGAUUUUUAUACAGCUGUAAACAAUCACUGGAUUCUAAAGGCCCAAGAUUUAAGAAAUUUAACUACUCUUUCUGUGGCGGGAGGAUUCAGAGAUUACCAAGUUCGUUCAGGACUGGCUUUCCUACCAAGAUUGAGUCAACAUGACAGUGCCUUAUCUGUUGUGAGCUCAGCUGUACCUAGAGCCUGGGCCUCAACAGACCAUCUCUCCAUAGUGUGGUGCAAAGAAUUGAUUCUGGCUACCAUUAGAGCUUUUUUUGAUCUCAUAGAUGAAAACACUAGGCAGAUAACUGAGGAUCCAAAGAAGAGAAUGUCUGUAUUGCAUCACCACUUUGUGAGGCACCCUGCAAAGCUAUUUGAGGAAAAUCCUGAAGCUUUUACAGAACUCAAAGGAGCUUUCGUGUGGAUUACGGUCAAAGCCUCAAAAUGGACUCAUUCAGUUUACAAUGAUUCCAGUGGAAGAUAUUUCACAUUUCCUCUUGCAAGCCACAGAAAAUCAUACAGUCAUGUUUACUGUCAAAACAGUAUGUUGGACACGAGUAGCUGGAUUUAUGGCUGUAUGAACAGUAAUUCAUCCACGUGCCUGGAAGCUACUGAUUUAUCCUGGAGAGCUGAGUUACUUCCAACCACCAAGUUUAUAGUGCUGAAACUUCAGGACUAUCCUUCUUUGUCCCACAUGGUCAUUCAGGUACCACCUGCAGUUGGUAAUAAGUAUACUCUGGACUGUGAAUUCUUCAAAGAGGAUUCCAGAACAUUGCAGCUUCCUGUAACACAUCUUUUUUCGUUUGGAUUUUCUUCAAGCAAAAUUAUAUUAAAUUCAACUGGCUUACUUUACAAUGUACAGCUCCAGCACUUUAACCAAAUAUAUCAAGCUUUCAAAAUUUAUAUAGAGAGCCGCUGUCAGUCACUCAAAGAAAGAAAACCUAGUGUUUACAGACUUCACAUACCCUGGUCCCAUGAAGACUCGAUAAUUGUAGCAAAAGUUCCAUCUUUUACGGAGAUUUCUGCAAAACUGCAUCUUGCUCAGCCUCAGAGUGACAGCAGGGUUCCAGAGCUGAAGAUUUACUCUUCCCCAGACUGUCAGUAUGAAGUAGUUCUGAAGACAUCACUUCUGCAGGUUCUUGGGCAAGUAAUAAGGUUCCAUGCUGGCGCUCUUCCAGUCUAUGUUAUUUCUAACAUUCUUCUUACUUAUGGAGGACAACUGAGCACAUUGGUAUCAACAGGGCAGUGUUCGGACUUCUCCCAUGAACUAGUCCGGACAGCUAAACCCUACAAAACAGAACCACUUAUAAGCCUUGUUGUGCUUCUGCACGGGUUUAACUGGUUUAGAGAGAUGUGGGAAUCCUUGUCCCUCCCCGAGGUGGAUGCAGCUGUACUGAGUAGUCAGGAUGCAUGGUUCCCCCUCGUGUCCCUGACUCUAUUUCUUUUUGGGACAGGCAUUGCCUAUUGGAGUGGAGUAUUUUUCUCUACAUCUCUGAGACUCUUCUCUUCGUUAUGGUUUGCUGUGCUUAGACCUACUGUACUUCCAAAAGAUAACAAGUUGAUUACACGAAGAAGUCUCUGUGGAGUCUUAUCUCUUGCUUUGGUUAGCUGGACCACAUGCGGUGCAUUUGCUGUGUUGAUUAUUUAUCUUCAAUACUUGUUUAAGGUACUGAAUUCAAAAUUUUGUAGCAAAACAUUCAAAGUUGUAAAACUACAUGUGAAUGUAAGAGCAGAACAAAGCAUGCUGAAUGGGGAUUCAGGCUGCUCAAAAGAAACUUCAUGGAACUCCAGAAUACACACAGUCAAAAAACAGAGUUUGAUGGACAGUACCUCAAAAGCAACACAAUCUCUUUCCAGCAGUGCGACAAUUGCUGAAGCCAUUAGCAGUCUUAAGAUGCAUGUUACAAUUCUCAAUUUAUUCACAUGGAUUGUGUUACUCAACUUGCCAUCGUUAGUUUACUGGUUAAAAAAUCUCAGGUACAACGUUAGACUUGAUCCUGAUCCAUGUAGAUCCACAGCUAUUAUCCUUGUGUGCAUUUUAGAAAUUCUCAUGAAUUCAAGCACUUCUAAAGUGAAGUCAAGUAAACUCUUGAAGAUCACAGCCAAAGUUCCGCUCCCCUUGUCUGUUGCCAUGUUGGCCUUUGGACGAAUGCACUUAUACAGGAUAUCGCACUUUGUAAUCUUUUCCCUUCUUCUACACAUGCUGUGUUGUAUUGUGUAG